AUGCUCAAUCAUAUACCUGAUACACAGAAUACAAAUGAUAAAAUUGGAGGUUUUCUACCACCAAAUAAAGUAGUUAGUAUUGAUGAUGACAAUGAAUUUGAAAUUAAUGAUAAAUUAUUUCCGCCUGAAUCAUUUGAAUUGGAUCAACAACGCAAAUCAUCUCUAUCUUCUUUCCAAAGUAAAUCGAGCACAAGUGCUAUAGUUCCACCAAGAAAUGCUACUGUUGAUAUGGAAAGAGAAAUGUUACCAAUGAUGUAUCAUCUGUGUGUACUUCAUCCUGGUUAUCAUUUUGAUGAGAAGAAAAAUAUGAGACGAGAUAUGCAACAACGACGGAAUAUUGAUGCUUAUAUUUAUCAUGCUGUACCAAUAACUUGUCUUGAUGAACAAACAUCGAUAACAUAUUCAGAUUUUGUUCAACGACCAAUAUUUCAAGGUAUCAAUUCGGAUGCUAUUCGAUCACGAAGUCCAGGGCUUCGUUUAUUAGCUGAAUGUCUUGCUGAAUUAUUAGGUACAGCUAUCCUUGUUUUAUUUGGAUGUUCAGGCAUUGCUCAAUAUACUCUUUCACAUGGUGUUCUUUCAAGUUUUUUAUCGGUUAAUUUUGCUUUCGGUUUUGGAGCAAUGAUUGCUGUUUAUGUUGCUGGUCCUAUAUCAGGUGCUCAUAUUAAUCCAGCUGUAUCAAUUGCGAUGUUAAGUUUACGAGCAAUUACACCAUUACAAUGUCUUACCUAUAUUCUAUCUCAGUUUAUUGGUGCAUUUAUUGCAGCUGCUUUAGUAUUUGGAACCUAUUAUGAUGCAAUAAAUCAAUUUGAUCAUGGUGUACGAAAGGUAACAGGUCUAGAAUCAACUGCUGGAAUAUUUGGUACAUUACCUGCACAAGGUGUUAGUCAAAUAUCACUUUUCUUUGAUCAAGUUCUUUCAACAGCUCUUUUCCUUGCUGCUAUUUGUGCAUUAUCAAAUAAACGAAAUAAACUUGUGUCAAAUGCUCAAGUUCCACUUGCUGUUGGUUUUAUUAUUGUUGCAAUUGGUGUUGCUUUUGGAUACAAUUGUGGUUUUCCAAUUAAUCCAGCACGUGAUUUUGGUCCACGUUUAUUUACUCUUUGUGCUGGUUAUGGAUCAGAAGUAUUUAGUGUUGGUAAUUAUUAUUUUUGGAUACCAUUGAUAGGUCCCAUAUUUGGUGGAUUAAUUGGCGCAUGGACUUAUUAUGGUUACAGUAAAUUAAUGAAAAUACAUAUUGGUGAAGAUGAUAAAGAAAUAGCUCGUGCACGUUAUCAACUUGAUUUACAAAACACAACACGCUUGUAA